UGUUUACCCGAAAUAUCCAAGUGAUCGUGUGUUCCUUAAAGACUGAAUGGGGGCUUCGGACUUGGAACGAGCUUGCUUAUGCUCGAACCCCUAGCCCUGGUGGCCUCGGUAUGUUUCAACUACACAAAAAUCCCGCCGCUAUCGGCAGGAUGACGAUCCUCAUCGUCGGCCUAGUGCUAACGAGAGAAUACGAGAAGCGCUACGGAACGAGGUCGGCAACGGUUGACGCAUGUUCAACAGACAGAGAUUUCGUCAGCAAGGUUGAAUCCGAAGCUAAAAGACUGGAGAUAAAAGGUUUCAUGGAGCCUUACGGUGACUGCUGCUUCAGUGGUGUUCUUCAAGGGCCGAAGCCAGAAUUGGACGAGAUGAAAUCUUGGUUCUUCAAUAAUAGUGAAGCGGGUCGGGAAGGCAAAGAACAAGUGUACGGCGAGUUUCAAACGGAUUGGAGGAAUCAUAGGAAAUUCCGCAUCGUCAAACCGGGCGAAACAUAGUAUUUAUCACGCAAUAAAUCCUGAUAGCUGUUUGAGAUAAAAA